UCCAGAUAGCUGGCGUAUGUUAAAAAGAGGCUGAUGGCGUGUGCGGAAAGUCAGUACUUGACGUCCCAUCAGUACCGCUUUUUUCUGCACCUCACGACUUUUCUGCCUCCCUGUUUACUUUUUCGGUGUCAAUCGCCGAUGAUGCUGGCUGGUUGAUCACUUGUGCUCGGAUCGCUCGAAUGCACUCUGCAAACCAUCAACGUCACCGAGAAGCGGUGAUCCUGGCUCGUUUAUCAGAUAUAUCGAUCCGGAUCUGAUGAUAUCCCAACAGCAGUCUCGUCAGGGACGAAGGACUGCUUGCACGAGUUGCAGGGAAAACAAGCUGAGAUGCCUGUAUGCUCUACCUGAUUCUGAAGAUCAAGACCCAUGUCAUCGAUGUGUCCGGCUAGCAAUACCCUGCCGAUAUCAACCCAAACGCAAGAGAGGUCCUCAGAACGGAGGAGCCCAUGAGCCGGGCGAGAGCGAAGUAUCAAGCAGGACGAGAAGCCGGCCCGAACCGUAUACCAGACCAGAGCGGUAUUCGGGAACGAGAGAGAGGGCGGCGAACCCAGAGAUUGAAUGUGGAUAUGUAUCAGAGCCAGCCGAUUUCGUUGGCGAGCAGGACAACGUCGAAGACAGCGAGGCGGGCCAACCUCGAAAUGAACCUGGUUCAACAUCGAGUUCUACCGCUACUAUUUUACCCGGAACAUACCCGAUGGCAUUCUUAUCAAUGUUGGAUCUCAUGGAAAGUGAUGUGCGACGUUCGAUUCCCCUUCCAUCGUCCGAUCAUCCGCCUCAAGCAGGGUCGAGCGGAAGGAACCGAAGCCCAAUCGGGAUCGAGCCUUCAACAAGCAAUGCAACGCGGGCUAGACACGAGUCAAUGGAGGAUAGUCUAAACGACACCAUAAGAAGCGUCUUGUCUCCAGAACACGAGACCUAUCUGUUUGAACGCUUCUUUGAGAAGAUGAAUGCCUAUAUCGCUAUCUUGGACCCUGAACUUCAUACCAUCGAUUAUUGUCGACGCACCUCUGUCGAUCUAUUCCUAGCGAUUAUCACUGCAGCUUCUCAAGUGUACAUGCCACGACUUUACGAAGCCCUCUUGAACCUCUUCAAACCCAGACUCGGAGAAGCCCUCGUAGAAGGCCACAGCAGCAUUGGGUUGGUCCAGGCGAUCAGCAUUCUUUGCGUAUGGAAGGCUCCGAGGGACCACGGGUCGUGGCUGCGAGUCGGAUAUGCAAUACGGAUGGCUUAUGAGUUGGGUUUGGACAUGCCGAACGCUCGACCCCUUCCUCUUGAUCAGCAUGCUGCUCGCGAGAUUUUGAACAAAGAGCGGACUUUCCGACAGCUUGCUUGCUUCGAUCGUACUAUGUCUCACUUGCACGGUCGGACCCGUCGGAUGAUAGAUGCGCAGGUCCUGGACUCUAUCGAUCAAUGGCUUUGCGACCAUCCUACAGUCUAUUGCUAUGCGGACACCAUGCUGGCCGCCUCUUUUCCACAUGGAGAAGCGCUCAUCGAUCUUUUGAACGGUUCUCAGAAAAGCUUUGACGUUGCCACACGGCUACUUGUCAUCAGGAACAUGGAGAUACAAACAGAUCGAUGGGAGGAACGCUGGUUUGGCAACGAGCCUCCAAAGCCGAUGCACCCUACAUCAAAGGCAAUCGUCGGGUUCUAUCACCUGGCAGCCCGGAUGGACAUAGCCGAAUGGCGUCUCCGCUCGUCAGAUCAAGAGGAUCAUGUUGCAGCAUUGGCCCAAGCUAUAGGGCAGGGAAUCAAGGGGCUCAACUAUGUCGUGGACGUGUUGGGUCCAGCAGAGGUCCUACUGUUUGCCCCUGACUUUAUCACAUACAAGGCAUCCAAGAUGGCUGUGCUGCUCACGCGAUUAGGGGAACAAAUGGAUAGCCAGUUGCUCGAGAACGUUGAAAGGCUAUUCUCUUCAGUCUCGACCACCUGCUUUCGCUUCAGUCACAGCGAAAACAUCCCGCACUUUCAGGCAAGAUUCUUUGAUCGAUUGGCGCACAUUGUUAGAGGCGUUUGGAACCGCUUGGUUUCCGAGCCGGAGGAGACUCCCGUUCUGGAGAGACCAGCGAUAUCGGAUCAAACUGCAUUGAAUGUGAACAUACCUGAGUUCGAUUGGUCGGAUCCGGGCGCCCUGACCAGACUCUUGGAACAGUCCCAAGAAUGGUCUGUUCAAGUGUCCUGCGGGUCAAGAGCUCAGAAAGUCUGACGAAGUGUUGACACAGGUUUUCGUUCGACCUGGAUAUCGGCGACAGUUGGAGAACGUGAUCCUGAUAGGUCCGC